UUAAUUCAAUUAAGGUGUUAAACAACACAGAAGAAACAGAACGAGCAUUAAGAGUCAGACGGACGGUUCAGACCGGUCGUCCUGAAAUAAGAGAAAGAAAGAAGCAAAGACAGACCUGUAGACAGACAGACAGACCUGUAGACAGACUGACAGACCUGUAGACAGACAGACAGAGAAAUUAAGACGUUUGUUGUCAUAAUUUGUCUCAGCAUGAGAAGUACCCGACCUACAACAGAAGUCUCCCUUCUCUCUGUGUGAUGGAAGAGCUGGUGAAACAUCUGUCCAGAUGUCAACACAUGGGAUGGAUGAAUGUGAUUGAGCUGAAGAGCAACUCCAUCCAUUGGCUGUCAUGUGGUCGGAGGGCGGAGCCUGAUGUCUGGACUCAAAUGUUCUGCAUCCUGUCUGAUGCUAAGUUACUGAUGCUCAACAACCUAGAGGUUCAUCCUCUGCUUCUGGCCGAGAGGGCGGAGACCUGUGCCGUCUGGUUGCUAAGAUACAGCCUCCAUGUGACCUCAUCACUUCCUGGCCCCGCCCACAAAGAUGUUCCAGAGAGAGGGAGCCGCCGACAGAGCAUGCCCAGUAGCUCCGCCGCCACUGUGGACACGCCCGGCACCAGAGUCACGGGUUUUCUCUCCCGGAGGUUGAAGCAGUCUCUUCGCCGGACUCGCUCUCAGCCCAAAUUGUGUCGCCCGAGCAGCGUGAAGUCCGACCUGACCCACACCGCUGACAGCAGGUGUGUGAUGCGGCGGCUGCGUUGUGGUAGCCAGGAGUCGUUGCUGAGCGCCGGCUGUGUGUCGUCUCUGGAGCUCAGGAUGGACCAAUCGGUGGUCAUCAAACCCGUCCACUCCUCCCUGCUGGGGCAGGACUACUGCUUUGAGGUAACGACCUCGACAGGAACAAAGUGUUUCUCUUGUCGUUCGGCGGCAGAAAGAGAUAAAUGGAUGGAGAACCUGAGGAGAGCCGUUCACCCCAACAAAGACAACAGCCGGCGGCUGGAGAACGUGCUAACGCUGUGGGUGGUGGAGGCCAAAGACCUGCCGGCCAAGAAAAGGUACUUCUGCGAGCUGUGUCUGGACGACAGCCUUUACGCUCGGACGUCGUGUAAACUGAAGACUGACAACAUAUUCUGGGGAGAACGUUUCGACUUCAGCAGCCUGCCGUCCAUCAGCGCCGUCACCCUGCACCUCUACAAAGACACCGACAGGAAGCGGAAGAAGGACAAGAGCAGCUAUGUCGGUCUGGUCAACAUCCCCGUCGCCAUGGUGACCGGCAGACAGCUGGUGGAGAAGUGGUACUCAGUGAGCACGCCCAGCACCCUCCGAGGGAAGUCGUCGGUGCCGACAGUGCGUAUCAAAGCUCGGUACCAGAGCAUCGCCAUCCUGCCGAUGGAGCAGUACAAAGAGUUUGCCGAGUACAUCAGCUCCAACUACCUGCUGCUCUGCAACACGCUGGAGGCCUCGCUCAGUCUGAGGGCUAAAGAGGAGCUCGCUGCUGCACUGGUCCACAUCCUGCACAGCACCGGGAAGGCCAAGGACUUCCUGACGGACCUGAUGAUGUCGGAGGUGGACCGUUGCCGUGACAAUGACCAGCUGAUCUUCAGAGAGAACACGCUUGCGACGAAAAGCAUCGAAGAAUACCUGAAGUUGAUUGGACAGAAGUACCUGCAGGAUGCCCUCGGUGAGUUCAUUAAAGCUCUGUAUGAGUCCGAUGAGAACUGUGAAGUGGACCCGUCUCGCUGUGCAACCUCUAACCUCUCAGAGCAUCAGGCCAACCUGAGGAUGUGCUGCGAGCUCGCAUUCUGCAAGAUCCUCGACUCCUACAGGGUUUUCCCCCGGGAGCUGAAGGAGGUGUUUGCGUCAUGGCGACAGGAGUGCUGUAACCGGGGGCGACCGGACAUCAGCGAGCGUCUCAUCAGCGCCUCGCUGUUCCUGCGCUUCCUGUGUCCAGCAGUGAUGUCGCCGUCGCUCUUCGACCUGAUGCAGGAAUACCCCGAUGAACGCUCUGCCAGAACGUUGACGCUGAUUGCCAAAGUUAUCCAGAACCUCGCCAACUUCAGCAAGUUCGGGACUAAAGAGGAGUACAUGUUGUUUAUGAAUGACUUUGUGGAGCGUCAGUGGAGCAGCAUGCAGCGUUUCCUGCAGGAGAUCUCCAACCCUGACGGACUUAACCACACUGCUGGCUUUGACGGCUACAUAGACCUCGGCCGUGAACUGUCCAGCCUGCACACGCUGCUCGCCGAGAUAGACCAGUCCUACCUGUCGAAGCUCGGUCCACUUCCUCGGAUCCUCAGAGAAGUGUCGGCGGCUCUGGCUAACCCAGGGGGCGUGGCCUACCCAGGGGGCGUGGUCUACCCAGAGGGCGUCUCUGUUUCCUCUCCGGAGCCUCAGCGGAUGGUGUCUCCACCCCCCCUGUCCCCACCCCCUCUGUCUCCACCCCUCUCUCCUCCUCUGGCGGCGUGCAAUCCUUCCCUCGGCCUUCAGGGCGGCGUGGGACUGGACGGAGGUUUGGUUGAUUUCACCAGACUUCCGUCUCCAACUCCGGAGAACAAAGAUUUGUUCUUUGUCACUAAAGGAUCCAGUCUGCAGCCGGCCUCAGGCCUGCAGGGUUCUCCGGUGGCGAGCUCUUCAUAUUCGGAGCCCACCGAGAUGGAGGCGGGGCCAGAUCUGACCGCCGAGAGCCGCAGUCUGUCUCUGGUCGACCUGCAGGACUCCUCCCCUAGUGAGGGCCUCGACGACGGCCAAUGGCAGCGCAGGACGGGGCUCCUCCCCCUCUCCUUCCAGAACCCCGUGUACCACAUGACCACCACGUCGCCGCGGCAACCGCAGACAGAUGCCACGCCCUCGGAUGGCUCGGCGGGGUCCCAGGGGAACGCGGACGACAGGGGCGCCAUGGCAACCAAGCCGGCGUUUCUCACCCAGAUGUCUGUUGGGCUGGGGGGGGCAGAGAGGGGGGAGAGGAUGUCAGCCAUGUCGAGCAGCAGCAGUGGUGAGGAAUACUCACGGCGAGCGCUGACCGACACGCUCACAGGUGGCCCCGCCCCCCCUCGCCAGUCCUCCACCGGUCCCCAGAGACGCAUCGAUCAGCCCCCCCCCUCCUCUGCUCCUCCAGGGCCUCCUCGGGGCCGCACGCCUCCCAGCAUGCUCAGCGGCGGAGGCUCCGCCUACCCUCCCCGCCCGGCCUCCGGCAGCAUGAUGUCAUCCAGCCCUGAUUGGCCUAGCAGCGGCCAGUCACGGCUCAGACAGACGUCGUCCUCGUCUAAAGGAGACAGCCCCGAGAAACAGCGGCUCGCCGCCAAGGCUCCGUCUCCGUGUGCGUUGGACCGGACCGCUGCCUGGCUGCUCAACAUGAACUCCGCCUCCUCGUACGGCGAGACGGAGGACGAUCGCCAUGACGACGCCCUUGUGGAGAAGUACCAGCAGGAGAUUGCUCUACUGCAGGAGAAGCUGAGAGUGGCGGCGAUGCGGCAGGACGAGUGUGAAACCCGACUGCUGGUCCAAGAUCAGCAGAAUCAGCGCAUGCUGCAAGAGUACCAGGUGCGGCUGGAGGACACAGAGAGCAGACUGAGGAGGCUGCAGGAUGAUAAAGACCUCCAGAUGAACAGCAUCAUCAGCAGGUUGAUGGCAGUAGAGGAAGAGCUGAAGAAAGAUCACUCUGACAUGCAGGCUGUGGUCGACUCCAAACAGAAGAUCAUUGAGACACAGGAGAAGAGGAUAGCCAGUCUGGAUGCAGCUAACAGCCGUCUGAUGGCGGCUCUCUCUCAGCUGAAGGAGCGCUACGCUGUGACAUCACAGAGGAACGGCCUGUCUCCUAGCAACUCCUCAUCUCUGCAGAUCACCGAGAACGGAGAGUUCCGUAACUCCGGCAACAACUGCUGAGCCGGGCCAACCAAUCAGCGCUGGAUCUGACUCCGACACAC